AUGACUGAUAAUUUCAUAACUAUAACUUUAGACGUAGGAGUUGCCAGUACACAGAAUUUUAAUGUAGUUGCUAAUAUGGAAGGUCCUAAUAGAUCAUAUCUUAGAUAUAUCGAAGAGCAAUCAAAAUGUAAGUUAUCUUUAGUUUCAACUCCAUCCUUGACACUAAAUCAGAUUGAAGAUGCUCCUGCAAAACUGACAAUCAUAGGUGAUACACAAGAACAUGUAGAUAAAGCUAAAGAACUCGCAGAAAAUUUAAUCAAGACAGUUUCCGAACAAAAGCAAAAGCAGAUUCAACAAAAGGCUGCAAAGAAAGCCAAGAAAAGGAAAUCCCAAAAUAAAGCCCUUGAUUUACCACAACAAUUAAUGAUUGCAAUGAAAUACUACUAUCCAGGCCCGGAUGCUCCCCUCCCACCACCAGGAAGUACAGCAGAUCUUAAACUCCAUAAAAGAAAGUUCCGCCAAGUUUCUUCUCAACAGCAUUGGUUUGACGCGAAAUAA